UUAGGCUUGAUUACACACUUCGUUAUCUACAUAUAUUAUUUAUCAAGUAUUUCAAUGUACACAGGAAAACCCUAUUAAAACAAUUUCCCUACAUUUUGCGCAAAUCAUUAGUGAUGAAAGACAAUGAUAUCAUCUACAACCAGUGCUAACACAUUUAGAGAAAUGGAUAGCGGGAGUUCACAUGUUUCGGAUUCACUUCCCCUGAAGGUGUUUUUAAUUGGACCUCGAGGAGCUGGAAAAAGUGCAACAAUUAACACCAUAUUAGGAGAGAAGGUGGCUCCAUCAACAUCAGGCCUCAGUUCUGAAUCUACGACAAAAGACAUUACCGAGUAUCAUGUGAAGGAUCUCAACAUUACAUUAGUGGACACGCCAGCAUUAAGAAAACCGGUGACCAAGAAAAUCCAUCGAGCACUUGCAGGAAAUGACAUCAUAGGUUUUGUUAUUCCUGCGCAAAGAAUGCAAGUGGAAGUGAUUUCAAGUAUCGGACUUUUUUUGAAACAUUUAAGACAUUUUCAUAAAAGAAGUUUUAUCAUAAUUACGAAAGGCAAGAACUACAAUGCAGAAGGUGUAUUCAAUUGGAAAGCUAUAGAAGAGUUAUACAAUAUAUAUACAGCUGUUGAACGGAGAAUAGCAGUGUUUGAAAACAAUUUUGAAACGCAAAGGCAACAAAAAGAUCAAAUUGAAAAGCUAUUGUACAUUGUAAAUAAAUGCAAAGCAAACGAAACAUCUCUUCUACCACCAAGCACUGAUAAAUUAGUUAAGAUUAAAUCUGCAAUCGCUGUUGCUUGCUUUGAAGAAGGUGGCAAUAUCAUAGUUCAUACUGUCAUUAACAUUAUUGAAAGAAGCUGUUAUGAUAUAUUAGAGUCAUUGACUAAGAAUGUUCUUCAAAAGACAAUAUUCUCAAUUGCACCUACAGUUUUUGAAUUGUCUUCUUACAAUUCUAUAUUAUGGAUUUAUUUUUGAUUUUACUUGUAUUUUUCUGAAUACAUUUGUGGAUUUUAUAAAUAAAUUUUGGGCACAAAAAUGAAAAG